CUGCUCCCCACUAGCCUUUCUUCCACAUGGCUGCUUUACUUCAAGCUGUCUCUGCAAUCAUGUCUGACAAACCCGACAUCACAGAAGUCACAACCUUUGACAAGUCCAAGCUGAAGAAGACUGAGACCGCUGAGAAAAACCCACUGCCCACCAAAGAAAUCAUCGAGCAGGAAAAAGCAGAGUCUUCAUGAAAGCCGACCCAGAAUGUGUUGGAGGCCUCCUUUUUGUCAACUGAAUAUCACCGCAUUUACUUUCUUAUUUUUUUUUGGGAGGG